AUGGAGACAGGGACAUCGGUAGCAGGACUACGCCCUCCAUUCCUGCUCCUGAUUCUCUUCUCGCUGUUAUCGUUAUCGAAAAUUCAAUGUGAAUUAGUGCAACAUCUGGAGAUAUCAGAGUCAGCUCCACCAGGGAGUCGGGUUGGUUUUAUAGACGCCGAAAGUCCACCUUUUCUAAUAGUACCGGUUCUAGGUUCUCCAGUUAAAACAGAUUUGAUUGUCGAUCCGUCGACCGGUGAAAUUCGAACAAAAGUCGGCUUGGAUAGAGAAACUCGUCCCUCUUACAGUCUAGUUGCACUGCCACAAAAUGUUAGAGUUGUUAUUAAAGUAUUGGAUGAGAAUGAUAAUGCUCCAACAUUUCCCAUUGAUCACGUACACGUAGAAUUUCCUGAAAAUUCACCACGGGAUUCUAAACGAGCUCUGCCUCCAGCUAAAGAUCCAGAUCUGGGGCAAUAUUCAGCCCAGAGAUAUGAAAUAAUAAGUGGAAAUAAUGGAGAUGUUUUUAGGCUUUCGCAACAUCGAGGUAGAGAUGGGGUUUUAUAUUUGGAUCUUCAGAAUUCAGGUGUACUUGAUCGAGAAGUUAAAUCGUCGUAUCAGCUUGUUAUUGAAGCACUCGAUGGAGGUGUUCCACCACUGCAUUCUCGUCUGCGUGUCGAUGUAACCGUUCAAGAUGUCAAUGAUAAUCCUCCGAUUUUCAAUCAAACGAGAUAUACAGCCAGUAUCCCAGAAAAUUCCACCGUUGGUACUCCCAUUAUUGUUGUUAAUGCAACAGACGCCGAUGCAGGUCUCAAUGGCAAGAUUGAGUAUUCAAUAAAUAGGAGACAAAGUGACAGAGAAGAAAUGUUCAGCAUUGAUCCAGAGAGUGGAAUGCUGUAUGUCAAUAAGCCUCUAGAUUUUGAAGCAAGAGAGAGACAUGAAUUGGUCAUUGUUGCUCGAGACUUAGGAGCCCAACCCCUCGAAGCAAGUGCAUUUUUAUCAAUUUAUGUGACAGACGUUAACGAUAAUCAGCCAACAAUAACGGUAAUAUUUUUAUCGGACGAUGCAACACCGAAAAUAAGUGAGAGUGCUCAACCUGGAGAAUUUGUUGCUAGAAUAUCAGUAAGCGAUCCAGAUUCAAGAACUGAAUACUCUAAUGCCACUGUUACAUUGUCCGGUGGCGAUGGACACUUUGGUUUAGCAACAAGAGAUAAUAUUAUUUAUCUCGUUGUUGUUGAGAGGCCAUUGGAUAGAGAAGAGAAAUCCAUUUAUGAUUUAUCAGUUGAAGCAACUGAUACUGGAACACCACCGCUAAGAGCAAUAAGAACUUUCAGAUUGCUUGUCACUGAUGUUAAUGAUAAUGCUCCAACAUUUAUCGAAGAAAGGUAUGAAGCCCAUCUACUUGAAGCCUCUGAGCCUGGUACACCUGUUUUGCGGGUUAAAGCAACUGACGCCGAUGAGGGCAUCAAUUCAGCAAUUAAAUAUUCUCUCAAGAACACAAGUUGGUUCAAGAUUGAUGAGGAUAGUGGUUUGAUAAGUACUGUUACACAUGUUGAUUGCGAGACUGAUCCAACCCCCAUAUUAAUUGCCAUUGCCACCGACUCAGGAAGACCCUCAUUGAGUGGUAGUGCCAUUGUGAAAAUUACUGUUCACGAUCUCAACGACAAUGAGCCCAUCUUCGAGAAGCCACUCUACAAUGCCACCGUUGCUGAAAAUUUAUCCAUCGGCAGUUGCUUCGUCAAGGUUGAAGCAACGGACCCCGACUGUGGCAUCAACUCGAUGGUAAACUAUACCCUGACGACAGCUGGCCGACUAGCGAAUGAACAGCUCUUCGUGCGAAGUGACACCGGUGAGAUCUGCGUGAGAUCACCAUUAGAUCGUGAGGUAGCCCCGUACUUGGAGCUACCAGUUAUUGCAACAGAUAGAGGUGGCCUCAGCACAACUACCAUAGUACGAGUAACAGUCAACGAUGUUAAUGAUAACCGUCCAAUCUUCAAUCCCCUCCAAUACAAUACGACGAUUCGCGCUGAUUCAUCCGCUGUUGGUACAAUAUUGAAGGUCACAGCGAUGGAUUUGGAUGGUGGAUUAUUCGGCCAGAUUGCUUAUCGAAUAAUCAGUGGCAACGAGGGUGGACUGUUUAGAAUUGAUCGAACAAGUGGUGAGCUGCAAGUGGCGAGACCAAGUUUACUAUCGAGAUCAACGUUGCACCAAUUGAACGUGACCGCAACGGAUGCUGCAGGUCUCAAGAGUACUCUAGAUGCGAGUAUUCGCGUAGCAAUAUCAAUGGGCCAACACUUGCCAAUUUGCCAGAGGCCCAGAUACCUCAUUAUCGCCAAGGAGAAUGUCCUCCAGAACAGCAUCAUCGGAGACAUUAAGGAGUCGACUGAAUCCAGUUCUGGUUCUAGAGCGAGUAAAUUUUUCUUGGCAACGGGUGGUCAUGAAUUCUCAAUCGAUCCGAAUUCCGGAGUACUCCGUACGAGAAUAUCAUUCGACCGAGAAUCGAAGGACAAAUACAUGCUGUCCGUAGGCUUGCGAAAUGACGUUGGCAUCGGUUAUUGCCAGGUGGAAUUGAACAUUGAAGACGUCAAUGACAAUCCUCCAUCAUUUUCGACACCGAGUGUACGGAUAUCAGUAGCCGAGUCCCAUCCUCUGCAUGCAGCAUUGUACGUUGCACAGGCAAACGAUCCAGACAUCAUUCCCCCGAUACCAAUUCGCUACAUACUGGCCCAAAACAGCAACGAUCUCUUCGGCAUCGAUGCCCAUAACGGCGAAUUAUAUCUCAUCCGUAGAUUGGAUUACGAGACACAGCAGCGCCAUACUCUACUGAUAAGUGCAUUAGACGGUGGUGGUCUCUCAGCAAAUCUCAGUCUCAGCGUUGAGGUUCAAGAUGUGAAUGACAACCCCCCGGUGUUCGAAAGAAACGAGUAUCACGUUGAGAUUCCCGAAGGCGCCAAGCUCGAUUCACAGGUUCUACAAGUGACAGCGCUUGAUUUAGAUACCGGUAACAAUGCGAGAAUCAGUUAUCGUCUUCAAGGCUCAUCAUCAUUUCGCAUCAGUCCAAACACAGGAUGGAUAUACCUCACUCAAACCCUAGACCGUGAAACAACAGAUCGUUACGCACUGACAGUACUAGCUACUGACAAUGGUAGUCCACCAGCAACAGCAACUUCAUCAGUUUUAGUAACAGUCCUCGAUGACAAUGACAACAGUCCCCGCUUCACCAAGGAUUUUUAUUCAUUCCAACUCCUCGAGAAUCUACCAUCCGGUACAUUAGUUGGUACUGUCACUGCCUCUGAUCCUGAUCUUGGAAAAAAUUCUUUGCUGAGAUACACUGUCGUUCAGCACAACAGCAGCUUCGCCAUCGAUCCCGACACUGGUGAGAUAAUAACGAGAGAGCCCCUCGAUCGUGAGUUGAGGAGUCUUCAUGAGCUAGUCCUAGAAGCUAGAGACCACGGGAGUCCAUCGAGAGCGGCGCGAGUACCUCUUCGUGUAUCAAUUCUCGAUGUUAAUGAUAAUUCACCUGAAAUCGUUGAUCCUCAAGGGGAUAUUGUGAGCGUUCGGGAAGAGCAACCCUUGGGUACCGAGGUCGCUCGAGUCCGAGCCUUAGACGCUGAUCUUGGUGAAAAUGCCACGAUGACGUACAGCAUUUUGAAAGACCGAGACUCAGAUGGCUACAAUGUAUUCACGAUAGAUCCAAUAACUGGGAUGAUCAGGACAAAAUAUGUUCUUGAUCAUGAAGAGAGGGAUGUCUACAGGGUAUCGGUGAAGGCAAGUGAUGCAGGUAGACCACCGAGACAUAGCAUUCGGGUUCUCCGUGUUGAGGUUCUUGCAUUAGCGGAUAACAGGCCGACAUUUACAAGUAGCAGCUUGAGUUUUCACGUGAGAGAGGAUGCUAGGAUCGGUCAAGCCGUAGGAUCAGUCUCCGGUGCAGGACCAGCAGGAAGAGUCGCCUACACUCUCACAUCACUAACUCCCUUGACUCUACAUCCUGCCUUUGAUGUUGACAGAUCAUCUGGUCAGAUUGUCGUGGCUCACUCCUUGGACAGGGAAAAUGUUAGUGAAUAUCAUAUGGAAAUCCGAGCCCUCGAUACAACAUCCAUCGGAAAUCCCCAGAGUAUAGCGGUAUCUGUUAGAAUCUUCAUCGACGACGCCAACGAUAAUCCCCCCAAGUGGCCACAAGAUCCCAUCUUCAUCAGAAUAGCUGAGACUUCUUCUAUUGGCUUGACUAUUUAUAAUUUGACUGCUAACGAUGUCGAUGCUGGUGCCAAUGGAGAUUUACGUUACGAUCUCGUAUCUGAGUUUCCAGCCACUGGUACAUUUGCCGUAGAUUCACUCACUGGUGCACUGACAACAGUGAAAAUGUUGGACAGAGAGGAGCGAAGUGAGUAUACACUUUUGUUGAGAGCAACUGACGACGCGCCAAUCUCCGAACGACUUGCCACCACCGUCACAGCUAAAAUAGCAGUGAUGGAUCAAAACGAUAAUGAUCCAAUUUUCAUUGCACCGAAUAGUACAAAAAUAUCCGUAACACCGGAUGUUCAUACCGGUGCUAAUAUCGUGAGAGUUAUAGCUGUGGACAGAGACACCGAUAACAACGGUCGUGUGUCGUAUGUCAUUACGUCGGGGAAUGAAGAGUCGAGCUUUGCCGUUGGAUAUGAAUCUGGAUUAGUGACACUGAUUCGUCCGUUUGUGAAGGACACAGUUCUCCAAAUAACAGCGAAUGAUCAUGGCUCUCCACCCCGUCGUGCCAUUCUCAAUCUGACAAUAUCAAUGGCAAUCGGUCGAAUAAACGGACCACCCCGUCUCCUCCAGGUUAAUCCAAUAGCACGAGUUUCUGAAGAUCUCUCGAUUGGUGGAGCUAUUCUCAACGUUGCGGGUCCAACACUUGGCGAGCACGCUAAUGUAAGCUUUCACAUUCCCGAUGGCGUUGGUGCCAACAAAUUUUCAAUAUCCACCAGCGGAUUGGUUACGCUCGAGGGGGCCCUCGAUCGCGAAAAAACAGAAUAUUAUCACGUGCCAAUAUUGGCACAGUCCAGUAAAUUGCUUGAUUUAACAACAUUGGAGAUUAUUGUGGAAGACGAGAACGAUAAUGCCCCGGAAUUUCGUCCUGGUGCUUGUUAUACCCUGGUUAUUCCUGAGAAUCAAGAUAUUUCGAUAAUCCAUACGAUAGUAGCCGUUGAUAUCGACAAAGGCAAGAAUGGACAAAUAACUUACAGCAUAAUUGGUGGUAAUGACGGUGGAAAAUUCAGACUGGAUCCUGCCACUGGAGAUCUGUCAGCAGCAAGUUUGGACUGCGAGAUUGCUGCAAGAUACGUCCUAACAAUAUCAGCAAGAGACAAAGGUCGACCCAGCCUUGAAGCCCGCUGCAAUAUCUCGAUAAUUGUCCUAGAUGUCAAUGAUAAUUCUCCAACGUUCGCACCAAACCACCGGGACAACCUCAGGCUGACCAAAUCCUCGGAAUACCCGAGUUUCACUCAAUCGUUCCACCAAUAUUAUCCUAAUUACUCUGGUAAAUACACCGCAACUAUUUCCGAGGAUGUACCUCCCGACUCUUCAGUGAUGACAGUCCGAGCCACCGAUCCGGAUCAGGGAUUUAAUGGCAAAAUAACGUAUACCAUUUCUGAGGAGUCUACGUGGCUCUUCAGGGUUGACAACCUCACCGGUGUCAUUACUACGGCUGGGCCACUGGAUCGUGAGCGUCAGGCAGUCUACAAUUUUCUAGUUGUCGCAACAGACGGUGGACUAUACGACGCUAAAAGUACAUCAAUACCAAUUGAAAUAAAUCUGAGUGACGUGAAUGAUAAUGCACCUGUUUUCGAAACGAAUCCAUUCAGAGCUACAGUAGCAGCAUCGACACAACCUGGUCACAAUAUUCUUCAAGUUAAGGCCAAGGAUCACGAUGCUGGUAUCAAUGGAGAAAUAACUUACUUCUUUUCCCACGAGGUCGACAAGCCAAAAUUCCGAAUUCACCCGACCACUGGAAUAAUCACAGCCACCACUACCCUGAUACAAGAGUUUGGUAGAACUGUUCAUCUCGCUGUGAUUGCCAGAGACCGGGGGAACCCCCCGAAGAGCUCGACAGCGCUGAUUGAACUGAAAGUCGGCGAUACUGAGGAUCUCAGUCCAAUUCUCAUGUUCCAAAAUGACACCUACCAGGCUGUAAUUCCCGAGAACUCACCCUUCAACACAGAGAUCAUUCGGGUGACAGCUGUGAGAUCUGAUGGACGCCGACAGCACAUGUCUUAUUCCAUAGGUACUGGUAAUGACUUCGAGACAUUUAUCAUCGACGAGGAGAGUGGUACAGUAAAGGUCAAUGAUCCAUCGAAACUCGAUGCCGAAUUGUGGAUAAAUUGUGAUGACCGCUAUCUUACGGAUAACCACUCCGACAAAGAUAUCUCUCGUGAUUGUUCCAAUAGAAUUUUAACAUUGAUUGCUAAAACAACUGGCCCAGACCCAUUGGAGGCUUAUGCCAGGCUCGUCAUCAAGGUUUCUGAUGUCAACGAUAAUCCACCGAUUUUCACGCAGAGUCAGUAUUCGGCGACUGUUCUCGAAGGCAAUGCCAAGGGAAAUUUCGUCGUUAAGCUGUCAGCGAGUGACGCUGAUGAAGGAAUCAAUAGCAAAAUUCUUUACCACAUAGUAGACGGUAAUCCGGACAAUGCAUUCAUCAUAAGCCCACCGUAUAGUGGAGUAGUGCGUACAAACAUCGUUCUCGAUAGGGAAAUCCGAGAGAAGUACAGAUUGACCAUCAUUGCUACUGAUCAAGGAAAUCCUCAACUCACUGGAACGACUGCACUCAGCAUCCGAGUUAUUGAUGUUAAUGACAAUCAACCGACCUUUCCGGGACACAAUGUUAUAUCCAUUCCAGAAGAUACAUCGGUUGGGGCAGUUUUGACAACUAUGACUGCCAACGAUGUUGACAGUUCACCCGCGCUGACCUAUCGUUUUGGAAAAAUAAACGAGCACAUUCCUUUCACCAUCGACCGCUACGGCGGAAAAGUAAUAUUAAAAGAAGCUGUGGACGCUGAAGAGCAUUACGAAUAUAGUCUCCAGGUUAUUGCCAGUGAUGGAAUUCACGAGGCGACCACCGAGCUCGUUAUCAGACUCACCGAUGUCAACGACAACCCACCGAGAUUCCAGCAGGCCGCCUACGUCACAACACUUGCAGAGGGACCAGACAAUAUCCAAGAAAUCGUUGUGGUCAAUGCAACAGACGAUGAUUUCCUGGAAAUCAACAAGAUGAUCCAUUAUUAUCUGCUUCGACCUGUUGAAGGCUUUUCUGUGCAUCCGGACACUGGAGCUGUUACAGCUAACAAAUCAGCGUUGAGUCGACCACUCCCGAAGGAAAUUCACCUGACUAUUGUCGCCAAAGACUCUGGUAAACCAUCAUUAUCAUCCAAUUGCUCAGUUAUACUUCGAUUGAGUGGACUCAGGAGUUCCUCCUCUAACAAAGAAUUCCAGCUCAAUAUUCCGGAGAAUGCGACAAGAGGAACGGAUAUUCUCAAAAUGACGGAUAUAGGAUUGCUCGAUGGAGUUAUUGUCUCCGGAGAUGAUGGAACUUUUGAAGUGUCCAGAGGAGAUCUCACACUCAUUAAAAACCUUGAUCGAGAAACUAAGGACAAGUACAUUCUCCAAUUAGCCUCGAGAACAUCGAACACAACGUCUGGCAGUCCAGCAACUUCUGAUUUAACAGUAAUAUCUCUUGAGAUCACUGAUGUCAACGAUAAUUAUCCAGUUUUUGUUGAGAGGACUCAUGCGGUCUCUAUCCCGGAAGACUCGCCCCCGGGUACUAGUCUCCUGAGUGUCUCGGCUACCGAUAACGAUUUAGCUAACACACCUGCAUCAAUUAUCACGUACUCCAUCACUUCCGGAAAUGAUGUUGGUUUGUUCAAAGUGAAUAGUACAACAGGCAGCAUCUUUGUUAAUUCAACGCUCGACUGUGAUCUCUCUCCAGAAACGUACAAUCUAAUUGUUCUUGCCUGUGAUACCGAUAUCAAUCCUCUUUGUGCACUGACCAAAGUCAAAAUAAAUCUCCAAGAUGUCAACGAUAACUCUCCAAAAUUCGCAGUGCCGGAAUAUUUGGAAUUUGUUGGUGAAAAUGAACCAAUUGGCACUCGAGUAUUUUCAGCAAUGGCUUCCGAUCUCGACAGAGGUAUUUUCGGCAGUGUCAACUACUCAAUUGUCUCGGCAGCAGCCACGGGCUUCUCUGAGAUAGACGACAGCUGGAAACUGUUUAAUGUCGAGGCAACUACAGGUUCAGUCACCACUCGCUCAGUAUUUGAUUACGAACAGAGAAAUCGUUACGCUUUCACCCUAAAAGCCACAGACACCGGUGGCAGAACGGCGGAAGUUCGAGUUCGCAUUGAAAUAGACUCACGAGAUGAAUUCUAUCCACAAUUCACAGAGCGAAUGUACAAAUUCACACUGAGAAAUAGUCAAACUCAUGCUGGGAGUAUAAUCGGUCAUGUGACCGCUACGGAUAGAGACAAGGGUCCAGAUGGCAGAGUUGUAUAUCAGUUAACAUCUCAGCAUCCUUAUUUCAAGCUCAACCGAACAACAGGGACUCUUAUUCUGAAGAAAAAACUUCAUUUCGACGCCAUUGAAGAGUCUUCAAGAUUAGUGGUGUCUGCAAGUUCUGGUAGGCAAGGUUCUUUAUCUAAUAUGACUGUCGUAGAGGUUAGAUUCGUUGAUAAUAAUGACGAUGACAACAUUGUAUACAACGGAGUAAAUUCUUUGGCGACUCCGAGUAAUCUCGGGACUAAUAUGGCAAUGGCAACGUCUUCCGGACUUGCGGACUGGGCCCUGGGGCUGCUUAUCGCUCUAGUUUUAUUGAUAGCAAGUUUCGGUGCGAUAUUUCUAUUCCUCCAUUUCAGGAGUAAAAAGAUGAAAAAUAAUACAAAGCCAGGAUUAAAUGGGGAGAGCAAUGCAACAAGUUCCAAUAGUUAUGUGGAUCCCAGUGCUUUUGACACAAUUCCAAUACGAAGCGUAGCGAAUGUUGGAAGUGGAAGCAAUGUCGGAGGAUCGAAUAGUGCUGGAAGUGGAGGUGGAGGUUGUCAAUUUGCACCCCCCAAAUACGAUGAGAUACCAUCGUAUGGUACCUCUGGUCAGGGACAACAACAUGCCACAUCUGAAAUAUCGGGAAGUGAUCAGAGUGGGUCGUCUGGUCGAGGUUCUGCUGAGGAUGAUGGAGAGGAUGAAGAGAUUAGGAUGAUCAAUGAGGGACAAACUACUGAUUCUGCCAGUGAUUUGUCAGUACACAAUACGCAGGAGUACCUUGCGAGACUUGGAAUUGUUGAUCCACCUAGUGGAACCCCUAGACGACCACCUGAAGCGUUACCUCUUGACAGUCUUCAUUUGUUCGAAGAUGAAGCGGUUACCGAGGCAGAAAUAGCCACUCUGAUUUACGGAAAAAUAGGGAGUGAGAGUGGUGGCCCAGCCUCGGGUCUUGGUGUACCAGGGGGUCCGUCCAUGAAUGGCUCAUUGAGUUCGAUAGUACAUAGUGAGGAGGAACUCACUGGCUCUUAUAAUUGGGAUUACUUACUCGAUUGGGGGCCACAGUAUCAACCCCUGGCUCAUGUCUUCGGGGAAAUCGCGAGGUUGAAGGACGACGCUGCGAGCUUUCAUUCCACCAAUUCCGGGGGUAGUGCUAGAUUAAAGAGUGUACAUAAGGCCCCACCGCCACCCCUCUUAACAUCAGUUGCACCUAGAUCAAUUGCAGCACCUGCACUUGCCCGGGGUAUGCUACCGAGAUCACCGAUCAGUCAUGAUGCCUCGACUUUUCCCUCAGCAGCGUUGAGUCCCAGUUUUUCACCAUCGUUAUCACCGCUGGCCACUAGGAGUCCCAGUAUCAGUCCGUUGGUACCUCCAGCGGCAUCGAGACAAGGGGGUAAUAGGAUUCCAGUUGUAGAUAACGAGUUGAAUAUUUAGAACUGAAAUUUUUUUUUUAUUUAUUUCGAAAAAAAAACAAUGUCAAGCGCUAUUUCCUUCGAAUCAUUGAACAUAUUGUGUACAACUGACUCCUAGAUACAUCGAGAUUCAUCAGCUCAUGACUCAUUAGUGUUUGUAAUAUAACGUGUACAUGCGUCAAUUUUUUUCAUGUUGGAGGAAAUAAUUGCGGUCGAUUGCAGAACUGUAAAUAUUUUAUUGACCGAUUGAUCGACGGUUUUGAGACUGGCAAUGUAGGUUUAAGUAGAAACUGUACAUAAAUUAUGAAUUGUUUCUUUCUUCCCGUCAUUAUUAAUUUUCAUGAUCAUCAAUACGCGGAUUGUUCCGCGUGACUGACAAUGAUUAUAUCAUCAUUGCGAUUCAACUCGACGAUAAAACUGUAUAUUUUCUUUAAUACUCUCGGGUGAUGAAAUGAGAAGAGCUUCAAUUGUAAAGUGUUCAUUCAGAUGCCACUCAUUCAUUUAAUUGCAACGAAAGAACUGAUUCUGAUGGUACGACAAUACAAGCGACCCUUCGGAGAUAAACUAUUUUGUACGAUACAAUUUUAGAUUAUUGUAUAAACAAAACUGCCAUCAAAGGGGUAGAAACUCUUGCACUUAGUAAACGAAUUUUUUAGUGAAAAUAAAAGACUGCUGUUUAUUUAUUUUUUCCCCGUCCAUGACAAAUUAUUUGGAGGAAAAGUUACAAAAUGGAAGUGAAUUAACUGUUUCGGUGAUUAUUGUGUAUAAACCUGCAUUUAUUAUUUAUACAACUUGUUGAGUCUUUAGUACAUAAACACAUUGAUCAGUUCCCACUAAAGUUUUGUAAGUUAUUUUUUGUCCAGAGGUAAUAACUCUACAUACAGACUUUAAGAUGGAAUCGACAGGUAAGUUAACAAUGAAUCAACUUGCCGAAAUAAAAUGAAAUUAAUAACUUUGACACGUGAACGAGUAGUAUAAUACUUUCAUUCCUUAUAUAAAGGUGUUGUCUAUAACUUUAUCAUUUUGUUGUUGUUUCAUUUAGUGGUAAAAACCAUACACACUACACUAUCUAUUUUAUCUUCGAACGACUUAUGGUUAACACAUAUCGAUGUUACCUACACAUUGACAACCACAUUGAGAAAAUUUUCCAUCCACCGCAAUAUCUUAAAUAUUGAUUCCCUGCGAUGACCGAAUUAAUUAGAAUUUCACUCUUUACCUCUUUCACAGGCAGUCUUACGAUUCUCAGAUAUUUAAAUUACCAUCAGCGUGAUAUUUUACGACUCAUUCUCAUUAUACUUGUGCCCUCGGAACACUCACAGUCCCAUUUUUCUCACCGUUAAUUCAACAAAAAAAAAA